GCGGCCCGCGCUGCCGCCACUGCUCCGGGGCUCCGCCAGCCCGCGGGCCGCCAGCCGCGCCAGCCGAUUACAACGCGGUCACUGAAACCACGCGCCGUAUCCCAGCCGCGCACCCUGCGGUUCCUGUCAAUGCUGAAGCUGUGAUAUUUGUACAAAUCCCCGGACAUGCUCAUACUCACUCAGCCUCCUGUUCUUCCACGCGAGAGCAUCGCUCAGACGUUAUGAGAGACGUUCACGUACCUGAUACAUGUACAAAAAUGCUUGAUAUGUCAAUUCAAGAGAUGAACGGGAAAGGACCUAAGAAAAGGAAAAAGUCGUUAGAGCGUAUCUGUGAUAAUGAGGGGAAGGAGGCAACGGAGGCGGAGAAGAGCGAGAGUCGAGAGGAGAAGUGUGGUGGUGGAGUGCAUGUGGAGAAGAAGGACGGUGAUAAAGGUGGGGGUGGCGUAGAAUUGCUACACUGGCGAGACAUGCCGCAGCACCUGCAGUUUAACCCGUACGUACUAACGGGCUACCGACCGCUGCAGAGCUGGACGGACUGCGUUCGCAGCCUCUUCUACUUCCACAAUGAAACCAUCAAUAUACUCACUCAUGGUGUAUCCCUAGUGUUCAUGAUAGUAGUCCUCCCGAGGCUGCUGCCAUGGGGUGGAGGAGCGUCGUUCCUCUCCAUGUGCCACCUCCUUGGAGCGCUGGCCCCUUGGCUAGGCUCCUUCCUCUACCAUCUCUUCAUGAACCAUGCGCACGGCGCUAGUCUCUACCAUCGGCUGCUACAGCUCGAUAUGCUGGGAAUUUGGGUUAGUCAGAGUAUAGGUGCGAUCCCAAUGGUGACGGCAACCGUGUAUUGCGCUCCGGCGUUACUUCGGUACGCGACUUUAACAGUGUACUGCAUCGGAAGUCUGCUGGGCUUAUACAAGGCGAUGCACGCGUGGUCACCGUGGGAGCGGCGGUUGUGCUUCGCAGCGCCGUUCUGUAUGCGCGUGCUACUGGCCGGCGCGCGCGCAGCUCACCUCGGUGGCGGAGACCCGCACGCCAUUCUACAUGUCUUUCUGCAGGACGCAGUGUCACUGGGCGGCGGCGUAAUCGGCGCCAUGCAUAUCCCGGAGAAAUGGUUCCCUGGCACGGUGGACCGCUGCCUCAACUCUCACAACAUUAUGCACGUGCUCGUUGUGCUCGCCGUCUAUUCUAUGCACCAGGUGACGACGCGAGACAUCGCGUGGAUGGCGCGCGUGGACUGCCGCGCGCCCUUGCGUCAGCUCUGACGACCGCCACCGCCGCCGCUGAUCUCAACUCCUGCGCGCCCAGUCGCCCCAUGCGCUCUCAACACCGCGCUGCGACACUUGCUUUAAGCCCUUCGGUCGACUGUACCAUCGAUCGUCCUCACAAAUAUAAGUCAAUUGCUUUUUCAGUAUUAAAGGGAAUUGACAAGAAAUUCAAUGGACGUCGAUUGAUGCAAGUGAUGUGAUCGAUUGGAUGUUUUGUUGCUGUGCAAUAAUUGUGAUAGGACAUACUGAAGCUUUUCAUACAUACAAGGCAGAUUAAAACAAAAUAAUGAACUACACCGAAGAACUUCUCUGUAUAAUUUCUAAGAUGUUAUUAUACGUGUUAUUGCUUCCAAAGUGUCGUAAAAUACUUCUGCAAUGGAAUUAAAUUCUCGCAAGAGUUGCAAACGUAAAAAUCAUCUGUAUUUAAAAUUAUCAAAGUUUUAUUUGAAUAUUGCAAAUAUCGGCCAAGUUCAGAUUAAAAUUCAAUGUGAGCUACUGUGAUAAGCAUACAUUCCGAAUAUUUCUUAGAUGCAUUAGCGUUCAUGCGCGUCAAUGCAAAUGUAAAGGCAAAUGACGUAGUUGGAAACGCACAGUCCUUGCCUUCAUUUAUAGAGCUAUACGUACGUGGAUAAGGAAAUCGAAAUGUCAGUUUCGGAUACGUAUUAUAAACAUAUCUACAGUCUGGCAGUUUACCGUCUAAUCUAAGAUGAGAUUCUAAGAGACAGCCCUAACGCUGAUUACACAUAAUAUGUACUUAGUUCAAACCGCCCCGUAAAGUUCCCAAUAGCAUGUUGCAAGCCUUAUUAUAAUACUGCUAAAGAUUAAAACAUUCCAACGUUGAAUCAGUAUGAGCUCAAUUACUUCGUUUAAAAUCGUAAAUGAAUAUGUAUAUGAAGUAAGGUAAAUAGAACAACAAAUACCUACUUCGAAUUCUAAGUUACUUACAUAGUAUAAGUAAGAAAUGAGCCACGAUUUAAAAGUGAUUCAACUCGACUACACAAUGGAAGAUAAACGUAAAUUGCUAGUUGACAAUACCACGGCCUACCCAUAGAAUUAAUACGUUGCCUCAAGUAUCGGCGACUACAAUAACUAGUUGAAUAACGAUAGGUAGUUCCGUCACUUCGUUGAUAUAGCUGUAAAAUUAGCGGUAAGUUUAUGAGUACAAUUAAUGAUAUUGUUUUCAAGAAGCCAUCACUUUAACGAUUUUUGUAGACUACGCCAUUACUAAAUAGAUAUUAGGCGAUUUCCCUCUAGCGCGGUUUUAAUCUAGUUCAUGAUGCGUUAAUAGAUUCGCCAUUAUAUAUCACAAGUUUCACUAGAAGAAAUCUUAGCAGUUAUGUCAUCUCGUUGAACACUCGCAUAAAGGUACAAUUUAAAUCAACAUUAAUCUAUUCCUCGCAAAAUUUAAUAACACCAAACGGUACGUUAGGUAUCCCGCAUCAUGUUAUUUCCUUGUAUUCGUGUCACUUUACUGGUUCUAUCUAUUGAAAAUUGAAUCUUGAACGAUCUUCGUGAAUGCUUUAAAAAUACGUAUUUUCUAUGACGAUACCAUCUUGAACAUCAUGAUUGUCAAUUACUUUACAAGCAAUAUACUUACUAUCAUCAAAAAAAUACGGACUUGGCUAUUUGUACAUAAACUUGAGAUGCUACUUUUUAUCGUACUUUAUUAUUACUGACUUAAACUUGUAAUCCUAUGGAUUCUUUAAAAGUCUUCGUUGUUAUUUACAUAAAUUGUAGAAGUAUUAUAAUAUUUUCGGUGACCAAUCGUUAUAUUUUUAUAUCUCCGUGUUGUGCGCUUCUCGACUUUACUUCGGAAGGCGUCGCGUUGCGUUCACGUCGCGAUAGAGUCUUGAACAUUCUUUGAGCACCACUCCGUUCGCUCAUCAUUCCUUCCGCCAACUAGACAUAGCUGUAGUUUGCGUAGUUAGGUAGACUACAAGCAAUAAAUAGACAAUUGUUAAGAAAUUUGACAAAAGUAGCUGAAAAAAUGUUUGAAUUAAUUAAAUUUUACAUUGUAAAAUUAAAAAUCACCUAAUCGUUGAACAUUUUUAUUGCAAUUUUUUGACUACUUUAUUGGAUCUACUUUUGUCAAAAUUCUAUUAUUUUAAUUAUUAAUUUAUUACGAAGGUAGAGUUUUAGAGAAAACGAAGUGUACUUGAGAUUUUUUACUAGUUGUGUCGAGGGUCAUGUGCCCCCGGCCUCCGCCACGUGGCCGAUUCGUCGCGUUCGGCUUCUACCAGGCUAACAGCAACAAUAAAUACCGUCACAUUUACUUUAUAUUUUUGGAAGCGGUCUUUCAUUCUCGUAUAUACAAUAGAACACUCAUAAAAUAUAUUCUGUGCGAAAAACCGAAGCCAAACGACAAAUUGUGUAUAUUUUGAAAUGACUUUGAAGUAGGUAAAAAUGUUAUUUUAUCUAGUGGUCAAAUUAUAAAUUGUAGAUAUCGUUACACUUGAACUUGUCUAUAUCAAUUAUUUACAAUUUAAAAUAAUAAAAACAUUGUUAUCAUACGUAAAACAUGUUAACCGGUACUUGUUAUAAUUAGUUACUUCCUCAGUUACUAUUUUUAGUUCAUUAAUUACGUUCCAAUAAAAUAUACGAUAAAAUCUUUACUUAUAUCUUAGACCAUGUUUUUUAAACUUAGAAAUUAAGUGAUGUUAAUUGAAAAAGCUUCUACCCAGUCUCUGUUUUCACGUAGCAAUAUUAAUAUAAUUUUUUUAUUGUCAACAAAAAUACCAAGCAAAUAUUUUUAAAUCGCUGCUAUAUUCCAUUUUCUGCAUUAUUUCACAUUAUACAAAUUAUAAAGUAGAGAUAUUGAAAAGCAAUAUGUCAGUAUUUAUUAUUUUAGAUUUCAAGGAAUCAACUCUGUUAUUGCACUUAUCUCGGAUUUAAUAAUAGAAUUGAAGAUCAUUGAUCGAAAUUUUUGAACUGUAGACGUU